GAAGUAUAGUAUAUCUUAGGGGUUUAAGUAAUGACUGAUAUUUUCUCCUUUUGGUACAGGCGUUUGAUAGGUAUUGUGUAUUCACCAACUCUGUAAUGAGGUCUUUGUUGUGGUAGAAAAAUAAGAGAGUUGUGUGGAGAAAAAUGGGCUACAGUUUCAUCCUUCAGCCAGCCAUGGCAUCGCAGGAGGUGUCCGAGGCGCUCUCCUUCAGUCUGAGCGGCGUGAGGGAGCGGAUGCGGGAGAGGAGAAACGGCGUCUUGAGAACCGCGAAGCUGAACGCAUCGAUCGCGUCGAAAAUCAAAACGAAAAUCCUGAAUAACUCCUCCACUAUUAAAGUUUCCCUAAAGCACAACAAUAAAGCACUGGCACUGGCCCUCAAUGCGGAGAAAGCCAAUGCACAGCGGCUCAUCCAGGAGAAGAUCAGCUUGCAGAAGGAGGUGGAGCACUGCCACUUCCAGAAUGCCGUGCUGCGGCACAAGCUCUGCUUACUGAGUAACACCAUGAAAGAACUUGAAAACCUUGUGGCUGCAGUUAAGAUGGCUCGUCUGUCUGAGUUCCAUACAAGUCCUUCGUCCCUGUCCCAUGGCCGGAAGAGCAGCAUAACUGAAGAUAGUUGGUUUGACAGUAGUGCAGAUGGUCAUUUUGUGAGUGGUGAGCUGAUGUCACUGAGGGUGCCUGUUUCAAAGCCACGUGAUGAGGGACAGCAAGGCGGCAGCUCCACAGCUGUACGGAAGUCCUUGGUCAGUCUUCGGAGAUCUGCUUCUGAUAAGCCUCAGGAAAUUGUGCCUGUUGUCUCCAAAGAUGCUUUGCCAUCACAGCUUGCUAAGAAGCCUCAGUCCCACCAGGAAGAAAAUAAGAAUAAGCAGAGUGAAGCAAUGGAAGCACAAGAAGUUUUCCUUGGCUCUUCUCUCUCUGGAGAAUCCUUGUGCACCACUCAACAAAAUCUCAGUGAUUUGCCAGCACUUGCUUGGGAAAGUCAGCCACUUCCAUAUGAGGAUGAUGAGAUGGUGAAACAAUUCUGUGAUCGUCUCUCAAAAGGGCAUGUUACACAGAGAAAAAAGCGUUCCACCUUGUUUGCAACAAGUACUCUGCCUUCUAGUGAGGAUACCUUCCUACAUAUCAGCUCUACUGAGGCAACCCAGUGCAGUUUGACUAAGGACAGCAGCAGCUGCAGCAAGAGCAGCACACAGGUGCAGCUGAAAUCUCCCAGCUACCAAGUUUCAUCUUCUCAAGCCACUGUUAGUCCCAAUAAAAAAUCUUUGGGUAAAGAGACUUGCUGUGAUCAGCCACAGGCUGAAGAAACUGGGUGUGGUGUUGAAAUGGAUCCCAGCCAUAGCAAAGUCUUGAAGCUUAUUCCUGUAAAGGUUAAAAGUAAGGGUAACUGUAAAACUAGUGAGAAAAAAACUGUUAAAAAGGCAAGCACAGGAAAGAAAAAAAAUAAAGUUAAAAACAAUGUGGAAAAUAGCCCUGAUAUACCUCAAGAUGAAGGGAGUACCCUAAAUGCAAAGAAGCUUUUUCAGUCAGAAGUUGCAACAUAUUCUAGUGAGUCAGAAGCCUCAGAUAUGAGGCAGAAGGCUUGUGUGGGGUCUUUGGAGAGGAAGAACAGAGGCUGUAGUGUGGAGCAACAUUCCCAUUGUUCUGAUGAAGUCCGAGUUUCCAGAAGAACAUACGUGGUGAAUACAGCACAACUGAAUAGUCUUGGAAGUGCUGACUUACUGCAACAAGUUAAGAAAGAUGCUAUCUUUGAGUUUGAAAGCAUGGAGGAUUUAUUAAAAAGUCCAGUUCAUGCCUUCUCAAGUCAUAAAGUUUCCUCAGAUGAGUCCACUUUACAAAACUCAGUUUUGCUGAGGAAUGAGACUUCAAAUGCACAUGCUUUACAGGACUUACCAAGUGUGAGCACAAAGAGCAUCAGACAGAAAGCCAACAGAAAAACUAUAGUAAUUAGGCAAAUAAAUGACUCUGGGGAGACUCUCAUAAGCAAUGUGAAGAUACCUGAGGCCAAAGCUGAAAAACAGUCUAAAAGAAGCCAGACAAGCAGGAGGAAGACUGGCAGGGUAAGCGGUUGUAGCGAUCAGAGAAAUGAAGAUAAUUUUGGAUCUUGUAUAGGUGUUCCAGAAGUAGCUAAGGAGUGCAUGAAGAAUUCACUAGAUAAAUGUAGCAGGAAGACUUAUGUUGUUUGUCCUUCAGAUCUUACAGGAAACUUGGUUAGUGUCCAGACAAAUUCUGAAGGAAAUGAAAUUGUACCUUCUACAUCUAUUUCUGGGAGCCAAGCUAGCAAAAUUCCCAGAAUUCGGAAGAUGAUAGCUGCUCAGAACAAUAAAAAAGAACCAGGGGACCUUCAAGAAAAGGAGCAAGCUGAAGAUGACAGCACAAAUGCUCGGCAAAAAGGGGCUGAUCCCAAAGCAAAGCCUCGGAGGAACAGGAACACCCCUACUCCUCCAAAGAUGGAUUUCCUCACCAGACAGAGCAAUGGUGCCAAUGUGCUCCCUGGAAGUUCAGUGGAACUUGCAUCAAAGCAAACUGUCCUGAUGGGGAAACUUUCCUGCACUGCAGAUCUGCUGUCUGAGCCAGUUGUCUCCCUGGAGGAGCAGAUCGCUGAGAUACCACAUAGAAAAAAUCUUACGGGCUCUUCACAAAGUCUUGAGUCCUCUUCUGUGGUCUGCUCUGGAGCUUUACAUUUCAAAGCUGGCCUUACAGAUGUACUGGUUUCCAAGAGCUUAAGUACUGAGGGCAACAGAAUCCCAGAGAAAUCCUCUCUUUGGCCAGAGUGCUCUCAGGUUUUUAAAGAAAGGGAUGGAGAAGUACCUGGGGAAAGAAACCAACAUGGGUCAAGUUCUGAAGAUCAUUCCCAGAAUUCAUCCUUGGAGAAACGUGAGUCCAAACCACUACAGGACCUUACCAAUGCCAGGACUCUGUCCCUCCCCAGCUCGGAAGAAGAGUCAGGGCGCUUAAUCAGGCGGAGACGAGAACCAACCUGCUACAAGGAGCCAAAAAUCGGAAGCAAACUGAGACGGGGUGACCCAUUUACAGACACGGAGUUCCUCCAUUCCCCCAUCUACAAAAACAAAAAGAAGAUCAAAGCCAAGGAAAUGACCAAGAAGAUCAAAGAGGAAAAAGAUUUCUGAAUAGUGUACUGGUGCCAAGGCAAGCAAACUGAUAACAAGUGGGGGAGAAGGAGCCAGAAGUGAAAUAGUGGUUAAUUGGCAGCCAUCAAGCUCCUGGCUUGUGUGUCUUUGCUAGAAUGAAUCUAGUAUUGUUUGUAUCUUUUUUAAAAUGUAAAUAAAUUCUAUGUGGACAGUAUAAAAA